CAAGUACAAAAUCCGUGAGCCAGCCCCGUCCGUGCAGAGGGGAGACGCUCGCGUUCCGCCAGCUUUCUGCCGUUACCGAGAGCGCGCGAGGGGGGACUUUUCCAUUUCUCUCGCUUUUGGAGGAUUUUAACGCAUUUUUUUUUAUUAUUGUUCGAUCGGGCCAGAGAGCGGAGGGAGAAAAAAAAAAAAACCCCGGGUUACUUUGGAGAAAGCACAAUGUCAGCGACCUUCCCCGGACUUGUCCACGACGCAGAGAUACGCCACGACGGAUCAAACAGCUACCGGCUCAUGCAGCUCGGGUGCCUGGAGUCCGUGGCCAACUCCUCGGUCGCCUACUCCUCCUCCUCCCCGCUCACCUACCCGGCGCCGGCAGGGACGGAGUUCGCUUCGCCCUAUUUCUCGGCCAACCACCAGUACACGCCCCUCCACCACCAGUCCUUCCACUACGAGUUCCAGCACUCCCACCCGGCCGUGGCCCCGGAGGCCUACGGCCUCAACUCGCUGCACUCGGGCCAGUACUACCAGCAGAUCCACCACGGAGAGCCCGCCGACUUCAUCAACCUGCACAAUGCGCGCUCGGCCCUCAAGUCCUCGUGCCUGGACGAGCAGCAACGGCGCGAGCUGGGCUGCCUCGACGCUUACCGGCGCCAUGACCUGUCGCUGAUGACGUCACAUGGCUCCCAGGCCUACGGCGUCGGUAUGCACCACCCGGACCAGAGGCUGCUGCCCGGCGGCGGCCUGGGUCUUCCUUCGUCAGGAUCAGACGACCUGCAGGGCUCCGUGGAAGCGCAGUGUGGGCUCGUGCUGAACGGCCAAGGGGGCGUCAUCCGGAGAGGGGGGACAUGUGUGGUGAAUCCUACAGAUCUGUUCUGCUCGGUACCGGGCCGCCUGUCGCUGCUCAGCUCCACCUCCAAGUACAAAGUGACCAUCGCCGAGGUGAAAAGAAGACUGUCCCCACCAGAGUGCCUCAACGCCUCCCUACUGGGCGGCAUACUGCGCAGAGCAAAGUCUAAGAAUGGAGGCCGGUGUCUCCGUGAGAAAUUAGACCGUCUAGGCCUCAACCUCCCGGCAGGACGGAGGAAAGCUGCCAACGUCACACUGCUCACCUCCCUGGUGGAAGGUGAGGCGCUCCACCUGGCGAGGGACUUCGGCUACACCUGCGAGACAGAGUUCCCCAGUAAGGCAGUGGGGGAACAUUUGGCGAGGCAGCACAGCGAGCCGAAAGAAACCAGCGCACGCAAGAAAAUGGUCCUAGCUACGAAGCAAAUCUGUAAGGAGUUCCAGGACUUACUGAGCCAAGACCGCUCUCCUCUGGGCUCCUCCAGACCGACCCCCAUCCUGGACCUGGACAUCCAGAGACACCUCACACACUUCAGUCUGAUCACUCACGGGUUCGGCACGCCGGCGGUCUGUGCAGCUCUCAGCACCUUCCAGACGGUCCUGAGUGAGAUGCUCAACUACCUGGACAAAAACUCGAGCGGGAAAACGAGCAGCGACCAACAGAUCAACAACAGCUCAGAAAAGACGCAGCUCCGGAAAACAGUCGAGCCCCAGAGCAAAGACGGGAAAACAGAAAAGACUGAGUAGCCCCCACCCACCCGGUCCCCGUGCCUUGGAGCGCUGCAUUUAAGAGUGUGUGUGCACACACACACUCAGAAAGGAUUUGUUAUCUCCCACUGUGUUUUCUUUGGGACAAUUCAUAUUGAUUGUUAUUUAUUUAUCUUAUGUUGAAAUGUAACACUAAACUGAACUGUCCCAAACAAGACGUUGUGAUGUGUGUGAACACAUCCUGUUUAGGUGUGUGUGUGUGUGUGUGUGUGUGUGUGUGUGUGUGUGUGUGUGUGUGUGUGGUGUGUGUGUGUGUGUGUGUGUGUGUGUGUGUCGUAAUAAGGAGAAGCCACGCCAUGGAGACGGCUGUGACUCUUCACUGACUUUUAUUUGUGUGUUUAUUAAAUCUGAAAAUCGGAAGAAAACAUGGACAUGCUGACAUCACAGUUUUCCAGGACAGGGGUGGUAACUGCCAAUACAGAGACAGACAGACAGACAGACACACACAACACACACACACACCACACACACACACACACACACACACACACACACACACACACACACACACACACACACACACACACACACACACACACACACACACACACACACACACAUGGUCUUGAGCAAUUUGAUCUCAAUACAGCUAAUUCAGGUGUGGAUGUUCUGCAACGAUACAAAAAACAUUUUAGUCCUCUGAAGGUUAAUUUAACCUGUUUUGUUUUAAAUGAUUGAGAGAAAUCUCUUUAUUAUAUUUCCAGUUUUGUCUAAAUUCUCAGGCAAUCUAAUUGAAAUAAUUUCCUUUUCCAAACUUUAACAGUUUGAAUUGAACUACAAUGACCCUAACCCUAACCCAAACUCUUACACACACACACACACACACACACACACACACACACACACACACACACACACACACACACACCCCUGUACCUGUGAGAGCACUUAAACCCCCCCGAAAGCAGACUUACUUUUACACCGAACAAUCAGUGCCAUAGCAACCAGUGUGUUUACCAUGUGGGCAACAUGGGAGAAAGACACCACUGCCUGGGUUAGGCUACACUGUGGUGUGUCUGUGAAUGUGUGAGUGAAUGUGUCUUAGUGUGUAUGAGAGAUAAAGAGAGAGAGAAAGAGAGAGAAGGGUCCAACUCAGCCAUUUUGUAAAAGGUGACUUUGCGGUUGCCGUCGUUACUCUUCCCUGUGCAUGUCUAUCUUUGUACACUCCCCAGAUCGCAAGUUUAGCCGACACAAGCUCUCUGACUCGCUCAUGAACAUUUGUAAAGAUAUAUAUAAAUAUUUAAAUUACUUUUCUUGUAGGCUUUCAACUAUGUAUAUGUUAAAUCCCUACCUUCUGAAAUGCUGGUGUUCAAUAAAGACAGUUGCUACGUGUUCUACUA